UAAUAAACUGAGGUUUUAUACAUUGUGUAUAUACACAUAAAAAUUGUACUUCCGUCAUGCACAGCAACGUCACUGUGCAUCAUUGCCAUCGCGAUGCCACAACUUCCUGUUUUCGAUCCACACACACAGAAUAAUGGCUGAAUUAAACCGACAGCUCCAGGAAUAUUUGGCUCAGUCUAAAAGCGGCGCGAAGACAAUAUCACAGUCCAGUUCCAGCACUGCAAUAGACAUCGAUGAACCUACUAAGGUGCCGGGGAGCUGGUUCGGCAGGUGGUCGAGUCCGUUCUCUGGAUCCAGCAGCCGUGGAGCGUCAUCAGGCCAAGGAUCGAGCAGCGGCUUCUCGUGGCCGUGGUCAUCAGAACCUGACCCAUGUUUGCCUGGCAUGAGUCGAUCCCAGCGACUUAUCGCGUUCGGAACGUGUAUUUUCUUCUCUGCUCUGUGCUUUGGACUCUCGGCACUUUACGCUCCUUUACUCCUGCUGAAGGCACGUAAGUUUGCUCUGCUGUGGUCGCUUGGCUCCGUGUUCGCGCUCCUCGGGGCGGCGAUCCUCCGCGGACCCAGUAAACUCAUUGCGACUCCCACAGCUGGAGCCGCGGUGUACCUGUGCUCUCUGGUGGGCACUCUGUAUGCGGCACUGAGCCUUCACAGCACGCCGCUUACUGCUCUCGGAGCCUGCCUUCAGAUCGCUGCUAUUGUGGGUUACAUCGUGGCUUUAUUGCCGGGGGGGAGUGCCGGGAUGAGAUUUGUGGGUGGCAUGGCAGCGUCCGCAAUUAAAAGAACUGUGACCGGUAAAACUAUGCCUAUAUGACCAGGCACUGCACAGACUGGACAACAGACUUUUUUUUGGAAGCUAUUCUGUUUUCGCUCAUUUUUUUUGAGUGACUGGUCUGGUACUACCAUAUCUGAUUGUGAAACUCUGGCUGUAACCUAUUCUAAGGAAUUCUGCGUGAACAACAGCACUAUGUGGAUAGGGAUAUUAAAGUCUUGUCACUUGCACUGCGACCGGGACCAUAUGUUUGACCAAGACAUCAAAUACUACUAACCUUUCAACGUUUCCGGACUGCUUUUGAAACUUAACCUUUUGUAAAUAAACUUGACAUUAAACGUUUUAAUUAGCUGUUUGUGUUUUCUUUUUCAAGCUGUGCAGUCUGAAAAGAGAUAAGCCAUUUAUUUAAGGACAGAUUAUUUCUGCAUCAUAU